CCUCGGCCCUCGGCGCCAGAGGCGGCUACACUCUUAGCUCCCACUUCCGGUUACUCAUGGCCCGCCCAGGGCGAUCCCCAACGCCGGCGGGGACAAGCCAGCGUCAAGGUGGGCCCCCAAGGGAGUAGGGGACGAGUCUACCCGGGCUGACUCAGAGCCCGGGUGCAGGCGGAGGCGGGCGGGAACGACGACGACCAAGUGCCGUUGCCCACAGUGAAGAUGGCCGCCGAGGCGGUCUCUCACGUGAUCUAGACGGGCGGAAGCGGAAGUGCCGGCCUGGAGCCAGCGCUGGGCGGGUGACGGCUCAGCUUUGCCUAGCCACUGCUUGCCCCAGACAUGGACUGCUACACUGCAAAUUGGAACCCGCUCGGGGACUCUGCCUUUUACCGGAAAUAUGAACUGUACAGCAUGGACUGGGAUCUGAAGGAUGAACUCAGGGAUUGCCUAGUGGCUGCUGCACCCUAUGGUGGUCCCAUUGCUCUGUUGAGGAAUCCCUGGAGAAAAGAGAAAGCUGCCAGCAUGCGGCCUGUGCUUGAGAUCUACUCUGCUUCAGGCAUACCUCUGGCCAGCCUACUGUGGAAGAGUGGGCCUGUGGUGUCCCUAGGAUGGUCAGCCGAGGAAGAGCUGCUGUGCGUGCAGGAAGAUGGUGCAGUACUGGUUUAUGGACUUCAUGGUGACUUCCGGAGACACUUCAGCAUGGGCAAUGAGGUGCUCCAGAAUCGGGUUCUAGAUGCCCAGAUUUUCCAUACAGAAUUUGGUUCUGGAGUGGCUAUCCUCACAGGGGCCCAUCGCUUUACCCUGAGUGCCAAUGUGGGUGACCUCAAACUCCGCCGGAUGCCAGAGGUGCCAGGUCUGCAGAGUGCACCCUCAUGUUGGACCACAUUGUGCCAUGACCGAGUAACACACAUUCUUCUGGCUGUGGGUCCUGAGCUUUACCUCCUGGACCAUGCAACCUGCUCCACAGUGACGCCCCCUGGUCUAGCCCCAGGAGUGAGCAGCUUCCUACAGAUGGCUGUUUCCUUCACCUACCGACACCUGGCACUCUUCACAGACACAGGUUACAUCUGGAUGGGGCCAGCCUCACUCAAGGAGAAGCUGUGUGAGUUCAACUGCAACAUCCGGGCACCCCCAAAGCAAAUGGUCUGGUGCAGCCGUCCUCGCAGCAAGGAGAGAGCUGUAGUGGUGGCCUGGGAGAAGCGGCUGAUGGUGGUGGGUGAUGCACCUGAGAGCAUUCAGUUUGUGCUGGAUGAGGACUCAUACCUGGUGCCUGAGCUUGACGGGGUCCGCAUCUUUUCUCGCAGCACCCACGAAUUUCUGCAUGAGGUCCCAGUGGCCAGUGAGGAGAUCUUCAAAAUUGCCUCAAUGGCUCCAGGAGCACUGCUUUUGGAGGCCCAGAAAGAGUAUGAGAAAGAAAGCCAAAAAGCGGAUGAGUACCUGCGCGAGAUCCAGGAGCUGGGACAGUUGACCCAGGCUGUGCAACAAUGCAUUGAGGCUGCAGGACACGAGCAUCGGCCAGACAUGCAAAAGAGUCUGCUCAGGGCGGCCUCCUUCGGAAAGUGUUUCCUUGAUAGAUUUCCACCUGACAGCUUCGUACACAUGUGUCAGGACCUCCGUGUGCUCAAUGCUGUUCGGGACUAUCACAUCGGGAUCCCUCUCACCUACAGCCAGUAUAAGCAGCUUACCAUCCAGGUGCUGCUAGACAGGCUUGUUUUGCGGAGGCUUUACCCCUUGGCCAUCCAGAUAUGCGAGUACCUGCGUCUUCCUGAAGUGCGGGGUGUCAGCAGGAUCCUAGCCCACUGGGCCUGCUAUAAGGUGCAGCAGAAAGAUGUGUCAGAUGAGGAUGUAGCACGAGCCAUUAAUCAGAAGCUGGGGGACACACCUGGGGUCUCAUAUUCUGACAUUGCUGCGCGGGCCUAUGGCUGUGGCCGCACAGAAUUGGCCAUCAAGCUGCUGGAAUAUGAGCCACGAUCAGGGGAACAGGUGCCGCUUCUCCUAAAGAUGAAGAGGAGCAAACUAGCACUGAGCAAGGCCAUUGAGAGUGGGGACACAGAUUUGGUGUUCACAGUAUUGCUACACCUCAAGAACGAACUGAACCGGGGGGACUUUUUCAUGACCCUCCGGAACCAGCCCAUGGCCCUGAGUUUGUACCGACAGUUCUGUAAGCAUCAAGAGCUAGAGACGCUGAAGGACCUUUACAAUCAGGAUGACAAUCACCAGGAGUUGGGCAGUUUCCACAUCCGAGCCAGCUAUGCUGCAGAAGAGCGUAUUGAGGGGCGUGUAGCAGCUCUACAGACAGCAGCUGAUGCUUUCUACAAGGCCAAGAAUGAAUUUGCAGCGAAGGCUACAGAGGAUCAAAUGAGGCUCCUACGACUGCAGCGGCGCCUAGAAGAUGAGCUGGGGGGCCAGUUCCUAGAUCUGUCUCUGCAUGACACUGUUACCACCCUCAUCCUUGGAGGCCACAACAAGCGUGCAGAGCAGUUGGCACGUGACUUUCGCAUCCCUGACAAGAGGCUCUGGUGGCUGAAGCUGACAUCCCUGGCAAAUUUGGAAGAUUGGGAAGAGCUGGAGAAGUUUUCCAAGAGCAAGAAAUCACCUAUUGGCUAUCUGCCUUUUGUGGAGAUCUGUGUGAAACAACACAACAAAUAUGAGGCCAAGAAGUAUACUUCCCGUGUGGCUCCUGAGCAAAAAGUCAAGGCAUUGCUGCUUGUUGGGGAUGUGGCUCAGGCUGCAGACGUGGCUAUUGAGCACCGGAAUGAAGCUGAGCUGAGUCUUGUAUUGUCCCACUGUACCGGAGCCACAGAUGGGGCCACAGCUGAUAAGAUUCAAAGAGCCAGAGCACAAGCCCAGAAGAAGUGAAGAAUCCUCAUGUUAAGAGUGUUCUUCUAGAACCAGGACUUGGCAGAAAGCCUAGCUCCUACCACUGAGCAAAGCUGAGAAACUGUGGGGUUAGGGAAGCAGGGGUAUCUGGUUGUAAAUAAAAUUAGAACACCUUA